AUGGGGUUCUCCAAUCUAGAGCUCGUGAUCCAAUGCGAUAAUUUCCCGUACUUUGAAGAUAACCAGACUGUCUAUGCAGAGCACAUAGCAAAAUACUAUGAAUUUAGGGUGUCGGGAAUUGACGCCACACUGGGCUAUAUCCUCAAUUCGGUUGUGGACAAGUUUCCCUGGCCCCAAUACUGGCAAAUCGACUCUCGAUUGAAGAGAGUCACGUUGGUGACCGCGGCAAACGUGACAGCUGCAGAUCGGUCAAAGUUAAUCGCAGAGACGCUCUCUGAAGCCGUGAAAAAGGAGAGCUUCGAGGUCCUCAAGGGUUGGCGUAGUGAAAACUACCCGGUCUUUGGUCCUGGAGGUGAGUAUCUAUUUGAGAUGGAGCGAAGCGCGUCACCUCUCUUCGGUAUCGUCACAUACGGCAGCCAUAUGACUGGCUACACGGAAGAUGCUGAGGGAAUGAAGAUCUGGGUUCCACGACGAUCCAAGAAUAAACAGACGUAUCCCGGUAUGCUGGACAACACCGUUGCCGGCGGCAUGGCCACAGGUGAACGGCCGUUUGAGUGUAUUGUCCGCGAGGCCUUAGAGGAAGCUUCGUUACCCGAGUCAGUUGUCCGUCCUGGUGCUAUUGCUCGCGGCUGUAUUACAUACAGCCACAUUCGAGAUGCUCGCGCCGGCGGCGAGGUCGGUCUCAGCCAGCCGGAGAUCGAGUUCGUGUAUGAUCUGAAACUUGACGCGUCGGUUACUCCCAAGCCCGGAGAUAAUGAGGUGGAUGCAUUCGAGCUGCUCUCAAUCCCGGAGCUGAAAGACGCAUUGGCUCGCGGCGAGUUCAAACCGAAUUGCUCGGUCGUUAUCAUCGAUUUUUUUAUCCGACAUGGCAUUCUGACGCCGGAGAAUGAGCCUGAUUACUUGGACAUUAUGUCUCGACUGCACCGCCGCUUGCAAUACCCGCUUGCUUCGUACCGCCAAUAA